ACCCGCGACGCCGGCGGCCAGGCGCGGCCCGGCGCGGCCGCUGCCAACCGGGGCGCGCGGAACGAGGGCGCCGCCGCCCGCCCCAACGCCUCGCCGGUCGUCAACCUGGUGUUCCGCAACAUCACGGGCGCCGUCGCCAACAGGAACGGCAACCCGCCCUUCAGCUUCGUCUUCAGGAACGUCAGGAACAUCGUACAGAACCUGCACCAGAACACGGCAGCGGCGACGGCGGCGGCUACGGCGGCGGCGGCGGAGACGAGCGCCUCGACGACGACCACGACCGCCACGCCCUCCUCCUCUCCCUCCUCCUCCGCCGCUGGCGCGUCCACGAGCACCUCCACGUCGGGGGCGGCUCCCCGCGCCGCCGCCGCCCCCUCGCCGGGCACGGGCGGCCUGGGCGGCGCCCCGAGAGUCACAUUCCAGGUGACGACGUCGGGCGGCACCUCCGCCGUGAACGCCUUCUCCCUGUCGUCGCUGCUGUUCCGCAACGCCAGCGCCGCCGCCGCCGCCGCGACCGCGCCCAGCGGCCCCGCGGCUGCCCCGGCCAGCCCCCCGUCCGGCGCCGCGGCGGAGGCCCCGGCGGCGGGCGCGUCUUCGAGGGGCGCCGACGUCAGCAGCGAGCAUAAGGAUGGCGGCGCCGAAGCCGCGUACAGCCCAGUGCUGGUGGAGGGCGCGGGCGGCGGGGGCCGCGGCGGUCCCGACAGCGGCGGGGCGACGAAGGCGGCGGCGACGGGCGUCGCGUACGACCCCGCAGAGGCGGCCGCCCCCGCCGUCAGACUCGCAGGAGCGCAUUGUGAUAGCCCCGCGGGGGGCGUCCCCCCCGACGGAGUCCCUAUAGGCGGCGCGCCCCCAGGCGGAGCGGCGGGCGGCGCGGGCGGGCCCUGGAGCGGCGGCGCCCCGCCCGCGAGACGCCCUUCCGACGGCGCGACCCGGCGGCGGCGCGCGGGCGCGGAGGACACCGGAGAGAAGAGUGAGAGUGAGAGUGAGAGUGAGAGUGAGAGUGAGAGUGAGAGUGAGAGUGAGAGUGAGAGUGAG